CUUUAUUUCUAUAUUGAUUAUAUUAAUUUUCACCAAAACAAGAAAUUACUUUUCCUGGAUAAAAACAAUAACCCAUUUAAAAUAUGUUGAAAGAUAAAUAACAAUAUACAAAAUUUGCACUGAAUAUAACAGUUUGUUAAAAUGAGAUUAAAAAAAUUAAAAUCCAAGAAUAAAAAAAGAAAUCUUUAUUUUGAGAGUAUGGAAAAUAGAUAUUAAAAUAUAAGCAUAUUUGGUAAAACUAAAUCUAAAAAACGUGUCAACAAGACUUGGACAAUUAUGGAGAGAAUAUAUUAUCUAGGGACAAAACACUGCUGAAAUAUUUAUAAUAUAAAAUACGAUCAAAGUAUUUAAUGCAAUAGUUAAAAGAAGAUAAUCCUAAAUGAAUCCUGUCAUCGGUAACAAGGAAAUUGCUUAAUUUGUUAAAAGUACAUAAUUUUAUUUAAAGUAAAGAAACUCUAUACAAUAAUGACACUGAAACCAUUGUCCAAACAGUUUUAUUUAAAUUAAAUUCAUUCAGUUAUUAACAGUUUUAAUAAAUACUGUAGUACAUUUAAGCUGCUUAUAACUACUUUUUAAAGAAAUCUUGAAAAUGAAAAACUAUAUUACCAUAUUUAUGCAAAAUAUCUAUAUAAAAAUUAACACUAUCUAUAACGUAGUGUGUAUAUAGGGUGUAUCAAAAGUUCCUUUACUCAAUCUUUCAAAUUUUUUUAUUAAUAAGACAUGACUUGCACACACAAUGUAAAUGAGCAAAGCAUGUAGAAAAACUGUACUCAGAAAUUUAGACUAGAUGCCAAAAGUGUCUGCCUUCCAUCUAGAGGCAGAGAUACACUCCAUGACAUUUUAUUUUUUCCUAUUUGUACUUGAUAAACAUUGUUGCCAUUAUAUUUGUUAUGGUUUAUGUAAAUUUUAUCCUUUAGAUACCUUCAUAAAAAUAAAUCUGGUGAAGUUAAAUCUGGAAAUUGAGUUGGCCACAAAUCCUUAGAAAUGAUGUGAUGAUUAAAAAACAGAUCCAGGUUUCACAAAACCUUUGAACAAAUUCAUAAACCAGUUGUUGUUAAACUCGUUGCUUUACUAAGCGCUUUGCUAUUGUUGCAGUUAAACUGUUGUUAAACUCUCCGCUGCACUCCGCUUAACGUAAAGCAAAUGCUCGAGUUUGAGGAUAUUUUUAAAGCAGUUGAAGGAGAUGGUUUUUCUGCUACAGCAAAAUGGUGGAAGAAUUCGCAUUUAUUAUCAAAAGCAAUAAAUUUAAAGUUCUUGUAGACAAGAAGACAGCUUUUAAGAUUUAAAAAAAAACGAUCCUAAAUUUGCUCAGCAAUAUGGAUUAGUACUUGUAAAUCAAAUAAAGACAAAAUCUAAAGAACAUAUGCUGGUGGAGUCCAUUAAAAAUUUACAAAAUAAUACAUAUUCAGUUUCAAGCACUUCAGGCAUUUGGAGUGAAGUGAGACCUCUUUCAGAUGAUUUACUUAUGUCAAAUGGCAAGUGGACUGAUGCUAUGACCAGGCUUUUAAUAAGUAUCAGAUUGGAAAUGGAGGAGGAAUUUCAGAAAUCAAUAGCCAAAAACAAACUGUGGGUGAAGGUUUCUGAUCAUUUAGCAAAAGAGGGAUAUACAAUAUCUGGUACAGAGUGCAAUAAAAAGUGGCAAAACCUGUUAUCCACAUAUAGAAGAAACAAAGAAAAGGUGAAAAGUAAAACUGGGAAAGGGGCUAUAACCUGGCCCUACUUUGAUCUUUUCAAUGCAGUAAUAGGUUGUAAGUCUGAUGUUACUUCUCCAGAAACUUCAAUAAGUUCACUACCUGAAAAAAAUUAGUGCUGCUUCAAGCACUCCUUCUCCAGUACGAGGGCUGUUCGGAAAGUUCGCGGCCUCACAUAGAAAAACAAACAAAAUAGUGUUAAAACUUUUUUAUUUUUCAAUGUAAUCUCCUCUGUUAGCAAUGCACUUAUUCCAGCGA